GUGGUGUGUGCUAUAUUGGGUGGUGUGAGGUCUCACCUGCGCUGGUGGCACUCUGGGAAAUUGACUUCAUACGUUGUAUCAGCCGGCAGGUACCUGUGACUGUGACUGUGGUGCCGACCAACAUAUUGUGUUGCACAGCGUACCUGCUGCGGGUGGCUGUGGCUGAACUGUGCGACACCCACUUAUAUAUGUGGCUGGGGGGAAAAAAAAAAGCAGUGCAGAAGAGAGCAGUCCACCGAGAGGUUAUCGUCUCAUUUGGUGUUAUAAUGUACAAACAUGAAAGUAAAAUUGCGGAAAACAGUGGUUGCAAGGGUCUGUAGUAGGCGGCUUUGUUACAGGAAGGACCGGGGUCAGGGCGACGAUCGAAGGUAGCGAUAAACUGGGUUGGCGGAAACAUUGUGCAGCUGGAAGAGAGGCGCAGACCACAGUCUCAAGCUCUGAUUGUCUCGCAGAGUGUGGAGGAUGGAUAGGAAGAAACCGAAAGAGCAAGACAGCGAGCAGAAUGGACGGAUCGUAGGGGUUGCGGCGGCAAAUGGUGUUGGUGGAGAGGGUUCUGCGAGACCAAAGCGCAAAGGACAGCUAAAGCCAUCUCAAUCGUAUUCAAAUCAGCAUCAGCAGCAGCAGCAGCAACACCAGCAUCAGCAACAACAACAGCAGCAGAACCAGAACCAGAACCAAAACCACAACUCAAAGCCAGGUCUUUCUCAGCUGCAGGCCUCCCAACAGCAGCAGCAACAACAACAGUCUCGCUCACAAUUAAUUUCACCUUUCCUUCAUCCCCGCCGACAACUUCAACAAGAUAUUCCAAGGAAAUCGCUUUCUCGAGGGCCCUUCCCUCCUCUUCCUCCUCAGCAACAGCAGCAACAACAACCUCGGAGACAAAGGAGGAUUCCACGCUCGUUUACUCCUCCUAAAGUUGAACCGAGAGACGACAUGAAAAGACAGGAUGCCGAUUCUCUUGUUAUCAGUGCUGGGAGGGGGAUGAAGAGGUCGAGAAGGGUUGCGCAGAGGCAUAAAGUCGAAGAGCUGGAACCUCCGCCCCCAUUGAAAUUGCCAAAGCUAUACUUAGUACUUAGUCGUAAAGAGAUCCAGGAAGACUUCAUGAAGAUCACAGGCCAUCGAUAUGUAGGGAAGCCGAAAAAGUCCACUCUUGUACAACGGGGCCUGGGGCUUUGUACGGCACUGUGCUGCCCAUCGUCCAUUCGUUAUUUAUCAGAGCCCCAAUAACCGCAUUACGCAGCGGGUGAUGCAAUCAUACAUGAAUGUGGCUUGCUCGGGAAACUGAGCAUCGUGGGAAGUGCAGCGACAUCACUUCCCAGUCCGCUGGACUCGGCUGCCUUGCUAGCAGCCUCUCUCACGUCCAGGGAUACGGCGGCAGUCGCAAGUUCUCAGAUUGACUUCGAGAACUAUGUUGUCCAGCUGGUCCCGCUGUUGAACCAGCCUCUCCAUAUGCAAGAUUCAAGCGCGUGCGCGGUGUUACCGCCGUCGGACAACGAACCGGUUGCUUCGCCAGCCCUUCUAUCGGAGGAUUCGUCAACUUGGGCGAGUCUUGAGGAACUCGACCCGUUGGCGGUUGAGGACUUCCAAUGGUCGCCUCUUCCCUCCACCGGUUCGUUGCCAACACCGCAUUACAACGCCCUGAUGGCACAUUUGCGCGAAUACUUGCACGCUGUAGUACCACCUCCAUCGACGGAUGACGGAGUAGCGGUUGUUGACCUUCGCAGUUAUCUGGUGAAGAUCGACCGCGAGCACGCAAUGCAACGGUACAUCGACAGCGACGCUCCGCUCCUCUUGAUCCGCAUUCAGGUCGGAAAGGCGAUCUGUUGUGCCUUGAUCGAUUGUGGAGCGAUUCGCAACUACAUCAACCAAGACUUUAUGGCACGCGCCGGGCUUGGCCCACGCGUUCGAAGGAAAAGUCAGCCUACGCACAUCACGUUGGCCGAUGGUCACACGCAAAAGUCAAUAGACCGCUGUGUUGAUUCCGUGCCCGUGUACUUUGCCCCGCUAGCAUGCGAGGCAGUGUCAUUUGACAUCUUGGAUACUAAGUUCGAUAUGAUCUUAGGCAUGUCGUGGCUGCAAAGCGAAGACCAUCCGGUAAACUUUUUCCUAUGCACCGUUAAUGUUCGUGAUCGGCGUGGCGAACUAGUCCCGCGUACGGUGCCGCUUCCGCAUCCUUCGAUUGGUUGUCACGUGGUCUCCGCGGCGAGCAUUCGCCAAUCCAUCAGCCGGCACGACAUCGAGGAGAUGGGCAUCUGUUUUCUUCACUCCCUCCCACCCGUUGAUCAGCCCAAGACGGACACAUCGGACCCACGCAUCAUUGAGUUUUUGGACAGCUAUGAGGAUGUCUUCCAAGCUCCCGCUGGAGUAGUAUCGGACCGGCCCACACGCCACGGGAUCACUCUCGAGGGCGGCGUUGUACCUCCGCACGGAUGCAUUUACCGAAUGAGCGAAGAGGAGCUUCAAGUGCUUCGGGCACAACUAGACUAUCUCUUGGCCAAGGGCUGGAUUCGCCCUAGCUGUUCACCAUACGGUGCUCCCGUUCUCUUCGUCUGGAAGAAGAACAAGGACCUUCGUUUGUGUAUCGACUGUUGGAAACGUAACGCGCAAACGAUCAAGAACGCCGGCCCUGUCCCGCGGAUCGAUGAUCUCCUCGAGCGACUAGGCGGCGCCAAGUACUUCUCGAAGCUGGACCUCAAAUCAGGCUAUGACCAGAUCGAAAUCCGCCGAAGAGAACGGUACAAGACCGCGUUGAAGACGUGGUAUGGGCACUUUGAGUGGAUCGUCAUGCCAUUCCGUCAUGCCAUUCGCCGGUCGCUGGACGAGCACCUUCGCGCUGUUUUGGAGCGGCUCUGUAUUGCCAAGUACAAGGCAAACCGCGACAAGUGCGAGUUUGCCCAACAAGAGCUGGAGUAUUUGGGCCAUUACGUUACGCCGCAAGGCAUUCGUCCGCUCGCGGACGAAAAUUUGCUAAUGAAGGAAAAUGUGGGAGGUGGGAGGGGAACCUGUGGUGAUGACAUGUGUGUAGCGAGUUCCGCCGUUCAGAACGAGCACAUUCGAUUGAACUCUGAAUGGAUCAAGGAUCCUCCAUCCGUAUGCAAUGAUGAUGCCGAACAGCUAGCAGCUCCAUGGCCAGCUAUGUGGAGAGCAGCAGGUGGGCAGAGUAGAGAGCUUGAAACUCCUGCUAUGCAGACAGGACCAAUGCUUUUCCAAUCCUCAGCAGGAGGGGUCUUGGAGUCUUCGUUGGACUGGACUUUUCCUCAGUCAAUGUGCGAUCCAUGUGCACUGAUCCAUGUUCCAUAUUGCAGCUUCGUCAUCACGAGAAAAAAAAUGGAGCCGAGCAUGCGACUGUCCGAGACUGUCUCCUCUGUGUCGAACUCUGCAGAGCAGUUCGAACUCCGUCCGUUUCCAGCCCGGUCAUUACGUCGAAGAGGAGCAGACGAUGACACUGCAGCAGACUGUCCUGCUGGUGUAAGCUGUGUCCCUUGUGUUCGCUUCUCUUUCAGCCGACUUGUCAGCUUUUCAAACCCGCAUUCCAAUGCGGUCAGUACGCUUAAGCGGCGCAGAUGAUGACACUGCAGCAGGCUCUUCCGCCCGCUCGUGGAAACUCCGUCCCUGGUUGUUCGCUUCUCUUUCCGCAGACCGGUCAGCAGUUCGAGAACUCCAUUUACCAACCUGGUCAUUUGUUGAGGGUGGCGCAGACGAUGGCACUGCGGCAGACUGUCCACCACCUGGUGUAAACUGUGUCCCUGGAGCACAGGAUGGGAUUGUAGCAGACCGCCGGGCUGGCAUAAACUCUGUCCUUGGAGCAGGAUGGGGAUUGUUGCACCCCCCCCCCGUCCUGCUUAGCAAACCAGGUAUACGUUUUCUGAUCCUUCAGAAACCCAGCAGUUCGAACUAUCUUUCCAACUCCCUCGGGUGGCUGUACGUCAGAUGGUACAAAGUUCGCACUGUGUUCCAACUCCCUCAGCCUGCUGUAUCUCCGCUGACCAGCGCUCGUUCUAGA